AGAAUGAACGUUCCUCUCCUGCUUUUACUCCUCUUUCAGUUGCCUCGCUCUGCAUUGCCUACGGGAUCCGAACGCGCGUAUUUGGAGCACCAACUUGUCGAAGGACGCGUAUCAGGGCGCAGGACUGGAAGACUGUAUUGUAGAGUUGGAAUUGGUUUCCACCUUCAGAUUCACCCAGAUGGAAGAGUCAACGGGAGUCACGAACCUAAUCCGUUAAGUGUGCUGGAGCUGUUUGCCGUGUCUCAGGGGGUCAUAGGGAUCCGAGGGGUUUUCAGCAACCGAUUUCUAGCCAUGAACAAGAGGGGGAGGCUUCAUGCAACUGAGAGCUUUACAGAUGACUGUAAGUUCAGGGAGCGUUUUCAGGAGAACAGCUACAACACGUACGCCUCAGUGAUCCACAAGAACCAUCGCACUGGCAGAGAGUGGUUCGUGGCACUUAACAAGAGAGGUAAAGCAAAAAUGGGGUCCAGUCCAAGAGUGAAGUCGCAACACGUGUCUACACAUUUUCUGCCGAGGAUGCAUUUGCAUGAAAAGACUGAUCAAGGAUUCACAAUAACAGACAAAGAGCAGGAAAAACAACCACCUCCACAUCCACCAACACCCUCUAUAACAAAAGUCGCAGCCAACACCGGAAAGAAGAAUCGACCAGUAGUCAAAUACUGGCCCAAGUUUCGAUUCGGAUAAACCAGUGCUGUCUCAAAAACAAGGACUAAUCUUGCAAAAAAGACAAGCUGGGAAAAAAGAUGGUUUGCUGAAAUAACCAGUUUUCUCUUCAGGAUAACCAAUACUUGCUUAACUUACAUGACUUGAGCAUUCCGGUCAUCAUGUACAUUAGACGUCAAAGGACUGAAUCAGCCAACCACAAGACAUUUUCACGACAGAACUUCUGAAGUCUGAUGUGCAUUUGAUGAGGAUCUUGUGAAAAUCUUAUGUAUUUGAACUAAA